AAAAAAGGAAGACGCAAAGGAAAUAGCCAAUAUCAACCCCCCACCAGGACUAACGGAACCAUAAUUGCUAACAAGGACAACUAUAUAGAAAGAUAGAAAGGAUGGCUAUACCCAAUGGCUUGAAAACAACGCUAAUUACGCUAACGUGGUUCCCAGUUCUUUAUUCAUUCACCAACCAUGUAUAUCAACCGUAUCAAAUAUCCGGCUCUUCGAUGACUCCAACAUUUAAUCCAGGGACUUCAACAACGAGUAAAGAUAUUGUAUUAGUACAGAAAUAUAACUUAAAGCUGGCAAAUUCACUUCAUCGAGGUGAUAUAGUAAUGUUUCGAUCACCUAGUAAUCCAGAGAAAAUCCUCACAAAGAGAAUAAUUGCAACCCAAGGUGAAGUAGUACGAACCAAAUCACCACCAUAUCCUAAACAACAGGUUACUGUACCGAGAAAUCAUGUAUGGGUCGAAGGGGACAAUAGUUUCCAUUCAAUUGAUUCAAAUAACUUCGGACCUGUCAGUCAGGGUUUGGUUGUGGGGAAGGUGGUCUUUGUGAUAUGGCCUUUAAGUAGAUUUGGAUAUGAUGGGUCAAGUUCAAGCACUAAUACUAGUUCCGGCGGACUAGGCUCUACAAACUCUGUAGUGAAUAAUGAAAUGAAUGAUGCUACAAGUAUUCAAGUCAAGAGAAUAGAUGAGUUUUAGUUAGAUGGCUAACCAUUUCUGAAUUUCAUAAUGAUGUUUGAUGUUAAAAAUGUAUAUAAAUUAAUUUACGAAAUGAUGGAUAUGUAAAUAUACAAUAAUUGAUUAUCCAAUAUGCUCGUGCUUAGUGGUGUUAUCUCUUUUCCAUAGACUCUCGUGCCAAGCUAAUCGAAUCCACUUUUCCGAACAAAAUGUGAAAGUAUAAAAUAUAUAAUUUUAUUUUUACGCAACGCCUAUAAUCUGAAAAAUAUCCCAUUUAUAGUAAUCAAACGUGUCCCUGCUCUAUCAAUUUAUUGGAACUCAUCUCAUGAUUUCAAUAAAACAUUAUCAGCUAUUGUUAAUAUUAUUACAA